CAGUCACACUGCAAAUAAAAAUUUACUCAACAACUCGACUAUAUUCGUUGCAAUAUUUGCACUUGCAUUCAUAACUCUGUCCAGAUAUAAACUCGUGAUUAAAACCAGCCAGCAACUCCGCCUACUUUCCGCAUUGAUAAAAGUUAAAGCCGAGAAAAUGCAACGCGCUGGCCUCCUGGCCGUUUUGGCACUUUUCUGUGCCUUCGGCUGCUUCGCCGCUGCCACGCCCCUUGUGGGAUCCAGCAAAUGCACCUGGGGACCCUCGUAUUGGUGCGACAAUCUCAGCAAUUCCAAGGAAUGCCGUGCUACCCGCCAUUGUAUCCAAACCGUGUGGGAGACUCGCGAGGUGCCCGAAGAUACGGACUCGAUUUGUCAGAUAUGCAAGGAUAUGGUCACGCAGGCCCGCGACCAGCUGAAGAGCAACGAGACCGAGGAAGAGCUCAAGGAGGUCUUUGAAGGUUCCUGCAAGCUGCUCCCCAUUAAGGUGGUGCAGAAGGAGUGCAUCAAGAUGGCCGAUGAUUUCCUGCCAGAGUUGGUCGAGGCCUUGGCUUCCCAAAUGAACCCAGAUCAAGUUUGUUCUGUGGCCGGACUUUGCAACAGUGCCCGCAUAGAUGAAUUGAUGAAGAAAGCAUACCAGGCGGCUCUCGAUGGUACUCUGAAGGAGGACGAUGUUGCCGAAAGCUCCGAAGAGACCGAGGUGUCUCUGAAACCGAAUCAACUGUCUUGCGGCAACUGCAAUCUGCUCUCUCGCAUGAUGCACUCCAAAUUCGCGUCCUACAAUCGUGAUGAUAUGGUGGAGCAGUUCCUCCAUGUGUGUGGCUCCCUCUCCAGUUUCUCGGAUGCCUGUGCCAACAUCGUGCUGACCUAUUUCAACGAUAUUUACGAUCAUCUCAGCAAGCACUUGAACACCGAUGCCGUCUGCCAUGUGUCGGGAGUGUGUGCCUCCAAGUACCAUCAGCACGAGGAGGACAAGCAGCCCCAAGAGGCUUUGGUUGCUCUGGAUGCCGGUGAUGAUAUUCCCUGUGAACUGUGCGAACAGCUAGUUAAACACCUCCGCGAUGUCCUGGUGGCCAACACCACGGAGACGGAGUUUAAGCAGGUUCUGGAAGGAUUCUGCAAGCAGUCGCGCGGCUUCAAGGACGAGUGCAUCAGCAUCGUGGACCAGUACUACGACGUGAUCUACCAGACGCUGACCAACAAGCUGGACGCCAACGGAGCCUGUGUCAUGAUUGGUAUUUGCCAGAGAAACUCCGCUUCCGCAAAGAAGGAUGUUCCCAUUAUGCCCCUGCUGCCCGCCAUUGAGCCCGCCCAGGUGAAGAUCACCAUUGAGAAGCUGGAGAAACACGAGCGUAAGCAGCUGGGUGCCAAUGAGCCAAAGUUCACCCAGCAGCAGAUCCAGGACAUGCAGCUGCCCAUCGACCACCUUAUGGGUGCACAAAACCCCGGAGCGCUAGUUAAUGGUGGUGAGCUCUGCACCAUCUGCGAGUACCUGCUGCACUUUAUUCAGGAGACGUUGGCCACCCCAUCCACCGAUGACCAGAUCAAGCAAACCGUGGAAAACAUUUGCAGCAAGCUGCCUCAGGGUGUGGCCGGUCAGUGCCGCAACUUUGUGGAGAUGUACGGCGAUGCAGUGAUUGCCCUGCUCGUCCAGGGACUGAACCCGCGCAGCGUGUGCCCCAUUAUGCAGAUGUGCCCGCGUAAUCUUCCCAAGAGCGAGGAUGUCGAGGUGUUCCACCCGUCGCCAAAGCCCGUCAACGAUGAGCAGGAUGUGCCCACCUGCCCGUUGUGUCUCUUCGCCGUGGAGCAGGCCCAGGCCAAGAUCCGUGACAACAAGUCCAAGGAGAACAUUAAGAAGGUUCUGAAUGGAUUGUGCGCCCACUUUGACAACAAGCUGAAGGACGAGUGCGUGGACUUUGUCAAUACUUAUUCCAAUGAGCUGAUUGAUAUGCUGAUAACCGACUUCAAGCCCCAGGAAAUCUGCGUUCAACUCAAGCUCUGCCCCAAGUCCAAGGACACGCUCGCCGACAUGGGCAUUAGUUUGGAGGAUGACGUUGAUGGCGAAGACACCUCUAGCAGCGAAGAGGAGGGCGACCACUUUAACGAGAUCGAGACUAUGGACGAACUGCCCCCUAAGCUCGCCUUUGACGAAGGCUUCAGCGCCUCACCUAAUUGCCUAAUCUGUGAGGAGCUGGUAAAGACCGUCGAGAAGAAGAUGGGCAAGCAUCCCACACGGGAGAGCAUCAAAAAGAUCCUUGAUCAGGACUGCGAUAAAUUGAGGAAGCCAGUGUCCGCCAAGUGCCACAAGAUUGUUGAGAAAUACGGCGACACCAUUGCCGAUUUGCUACUCAAGGAGAUGGAUCCCAAGCUGAUCUGCACCGAGCUGGGACUGUGCCUGUUCAGCGACAAGGAUGACUUGGAAAUGGACGAGGCUUUGAAAUACGAUGUGAUUGCACUACCUAGCAAAGACGACCAGCUGGCAAAGAUCACGGAGCCGCCAACCUGUGUUCUGUGCGAGUUCAUCAUGACCAAGCUGGAGGCCGAUCUGAAGAACAAGACCGAGCAGGAUGAUAUCAAGAAAGCACUUGAGGCGGUGUGCAGCCACCUGCCAGCCACUAUCCGCAAACAGUGUGACAGCUUUGUUCAAGGUUACGCCUCCGCGGUAAUCGACCUUGUGAGCAAGGUGCCGCCCAAGGAGGUCUGCCAGAAGCUGCAGCUCUGCUUCAGCCUGGCAGUCACCGACGAAGUAGUGGAAUGCGGCGUCUGUCACGGCGUCACCCAGGUCCUAUUGCCAUUCCUGCGCGAAAAUGAGGAGAACAAGGAAGCCACAGCGCUGCAGAUGACAUCGACGGCCUGCGAGAACUUGCCAGCCAAGUACUACAAGAUUUGCUCUGAGAUGAUCUCCAUUUAUGGAAACAGCAUCAAGAAUCUGGCCAAGCGAUCCUAUGUCGAUCAAGCGCAUGUGUGUGCUGAGAUUGGUAAAUGCUUUGACAGCGAGAAGUCCUCGCUUGCAUAUGCUAGACUUACAGCCUAAGAUCGUAAUUCAAUUGAGUGAUUUGUUGUGAUGCGUGCAAAAGAAGAGGAGUAGAGGGAUUAGAAGCAGGAGGAGAAUGCGGCCCACGCUUUAUAUAUCGCAUAUACCUUUACAUAUAUCUGUUUAUACAUUCUUUAACGAUUUACUGUAAAUGAACGACCAUUACUUACCUUUGUUUCCGUACCCUGUUUUGGCUCUAAAUUUGUUAGGAGAAUUUGUGAUGAAACUGAUUUUAUAAAUGCACUCGAUCGAACCGGGCUGAAAAAAGUGAAACUUAACUGAAACUAAAACUAACCCUAAGCAGUAACCCUAAAUCGUACUACCCAUAUACAAAUUAGCGAAAUCAAAAACCACUAACUUUGUAUGUCAGUCAGUUAAGCAGUGUGUGUAGUUUAAGUAUAUCAAAGAAAACUGUGUAAAAUACGAACAUUGAUCUUAUAUAAAUCAUAAAGAAAAUCGAAACAUAAACAAAGCA